UGAAACUCGAAGCAGGAAGCAACAUAGUAUCAAGCUACUGGAUGGAAACACAUUUGUGUCAUGUGAGUAGACAUGACAGAAACCGCUCUCUUUAAACUAUUUGUGGCAAUCGUGGUCACAUUCAUUUUAGUCCUGCCGGAAUUUUUCAAGACACCAAAAGAAAGAACACAAGAGCUCGCCUGCUGGGAAGUGUGUUUGCUACCCAAUCUCACCUAUCCGCUUCCCUCCUUCAAUUUUUCUUCUGUGGCUUCUCUGCAACCGGCAGAGGAAACACAGACUGUUAUGGGAAUCUUUCCAAACUACUCCAGUUCCCCAAGCUUCGCUGAGAUUUGCCAAGGCAUCACAAGGGGAUUUUCGAUGUGCUCUUUGUGUUUGGUUUGCAGAUCCAACGGAGAUUUCACUUCUCAGGAACAAACAUCAAAAGGUCUUAUCAUGAGGGGAUCAAUGGAGGUGAAGGCAAAUGACGUUUACUCACCUUGUCAGCAUUUCAACGUGACUGUCGCUCUUCUAGUUGACGCCACGAGGGAAUACAACACUACCUGUACCCCUGAAACCCACCCUGGAAAUUCCACAACCAUAGAUGAAGAGCCAACCAGGGAAGAUUCUCUAAACCACACUUGCGGGAUUAUGGGAAACACGAGUAAUUGUACUCACAUUUCCAUGAGCCUAGAAAUGGCUGUGAAACCUGUCACUUGUUCUGUGAAGAUCACUUGGUACAUUUUAGUGCUGUUAGUUUUUAUGGUUGGCAUCAUCCUCAUCAUCCACAAAAUACUUGAGGACCACAGGAGAGUGCAGAGGUGGCAGAGUCAUAAAUCCAAAUCUACAGCCUUUCUCUUAAGAGGAAGUGACUCGACGAAGCUGAGCGCGUUGAAUGUGAGGGUUAUCCCAGAGUCCACUCGAGGGCUGCCCUCAGCCCAGGUGGUGGAGGUGCUCCCCCCAAUACCAGAACUCGAAGUCACUUCUGCAGUGCCCCAGCGGGAUCAAUACCCACGGCUAUCCUUGGACAAUCUGGACCAAAGACUUUGAAGAGUCUGGGUCUGCUGAGGAAGUACGGCUAGGUGAAGAGCAGCAGUGAGACCCUGACUGAUGAGAAUCAACUGGAGAGUGUCUCCCUGACCCACGAGAUCAAGGUGACAGGAGUGUGUCAGGAGCUGCUAUGAACCAAGGACAAACUGAUGGAGCCAUGGGAGAGCAAGAGAGUGCUUACCUCUAGCACCCAUCAUUAUCCCGCUCAGCAUGGACCUGAGGACUUCAUCUUGAAAAACCAAGAAUGACCAAGGAAGAAAACCCUCUCACUGGGUUGUGCUGCAGGUGCAGGAUGGUUUUUCCUACACAGAUGGACAGUUUCUAUUUGGUAAAUUACUUAAGAGGGCCUGUGUAUUUGUUCAUACAUUUAUUUACAUUUAUACAUCUUGCCUCCUUUUGGCAUAAGGCUGUUUU